UCGGGAGAGUAAUCAUGGCAGCAGUGUCGCAGAUGUUCGUUUGAACAGAUUUGGCCUGUAUUUGAAGUCUCUUUAAUCAGCUGAAGCGGUUCGUGUUGAGAUAAUGAGCAGCGGGACUCCUUACAUCGGCAGUAAGAUCAGUCUGAUCUCUAAAGCUCAGAUUCGCUAUGAGGGAAUAUUAUACACCAUAGACACCGAUAAUUCCACUGUGGCCCUGGCGAAAGUGAGGUCCUUUGGGACGGAGGGGCGACCGACAGACCGGCCCGUGCCGCCGAGGGAUGAGGUCUUCGAGUACAUCAUCUUCAGAGGAAGUGACAUCAAAGACAUCACGGUCUGCGAGCCUCUGAAGAUUCACCACAGUCUUCCUCAGGACCCUGCUAUAGUUCAGUCGUCUGUGGGGUCGGUCCAUUACCCUGCGUCUCAGGGCGGCUACAGUCCUUACCGGAGCGUGCUGCCCUCCUACAGCCAGCUGGCCGCCAGCUCGCUCCUCAGCCAGCAGUACGCCGCUGCCCUGGGCCUCGGCUCUGGUUUGCCUGGUGUUCCUGUGAGGAGAGGCCCGAUGGUUGAGCAGGCUGUUCAGACGGUGCCUGCGGAGAUAGCGGUGCAGAAGAAGGGUUUGUCUGGAGCGCAGCAGGGAGGAGAGCCGGGCCGAGCGCAGAGGGCCAGAGCCCCGGCCCAGAGAGCUGCACAGCAAGGAGCCUUGAAGGGACCGAGUCCAGCCAAUGAUGAGAACAAGCCUCCAGGCAGCAGGAGAAAACAAGGAGCUCGACGGUCCAGGAACCGCGGCCGAGGUCAGAUCCUCGUAGGCAACACCAAGCCCAGCACCCUGCAGUUUGAGUCGGACUUUGACUUCGAAAUGGCAAACGCUCAGUUUAAUAAAGACGACCUGGAGAAAGAGAUUGAAGACAAGCUCAGUGUUCAAGAACCAAAGGAGAGCCCAGAAGAAAGGAGCGAUAAAGAGCAGGAAAAGCCUGUCCCUGAGAGUGAGAGCACUGUUGAAGAGGAUCCACUCGGGCCCAAGUGCUUUUACAAUAAAGCCAAGUGCUUCUUCGAUAACGUCUCCUCAGAACUCAAGUCGAGGCGUACCACAUGGGCUGAGGAGAGGAAGCUGAACGUGGAGACCUUCGGGGUCCCCGGGCGGUUUCUGCGAGGCCGUGGGUUUCGGGGUAAUUACAGAGGGAGACGGGGCCGAGGGGCUGCGCAGCAUCCCGUCCCACAGAGGGUAGGGAGUGGACGGCUGUGAGGCCUGGCAUACACUGCCUUCCUCUGGGACGUGGGUGAUUUGGUUUCCAGUGUCGGAGAUCUUCAGUGGUAAAUCUCACUAGACCGUUCUCGUCAUCUCGCCCUCCUGUGAAAAAUGGCUACAUUGAUUGUUACUUUUCAUUUGAUGUUUAAACUGCCUUUUCCUUUUUGUUUAAUGUGAAGAAUCUCUCGGCUUUAAUAUGUGAAUGCACCAUAAUCCAUCAGUGAUUUCUGCAUUUGAAC